AUGUAAGAAAAUGAGUUUCCCAUCUCAAUUUGUGUUCCCUCUUUCAAAAAGAAUGAUGAUGUUGUCUAUUAUCAAUUAAUGUAAGAUUUUCAUCAGAUUCUAAAAUAUAGUUUCAUCGAAAAUAAUUAAAGAUGUACCUUCUCAGUUGAUUAUCGAUAUUCCCAUCUUAAAUUAUUGCAUGAAUCCUUAUCGACUCUUAAAGCGAGUUUGCCGAAGUUUCCUUCGACUAAUUGGUGGAGAUCCACCAAUACAAAUGAAGAAUUAAUAGAAGAGAGAAGAAUACAGUUAGAUUAUUUCUUUAAAAAUCUCUUCUAAUGUUAAGGAGUAUGCAAAAGUUUGAUUAUGAAAAAUUUCAUUCUCAAAUCUCAAUGUUUAUAUCUGAAAAAGGUUGAAAAAGUAUGUAAAAUCUUUGUAAUUUAAGUAAUAACGUGAUAUCCUGAAGAAAGAAAGAAAGGCUUAAGCAACCCCCUCCUUAAAUAAACAGAAAUCCAAGUCUCAAGUAAAUUCAUUUCAAAAUAGUAAAUAGUUGACAACCCCUAUUUUUGGGCCUGCUGAAGAUCCAAUAGAAGAUCCUCGUGAGAGAUCCCGUUCUUGGGAAUUUAAAUUAACUUAAAAGAAAUCUCAAUAAGUCUUUGAGAGAGAUUCUAAGUAAUUAAACAAUGUAUUUAUUCUUAUUCUUUAUUUUAGUUAAACUUCGGUGGAGUUCCUAUAUUUAAAGGCAUUCUAUUGAGAUUUAAAUGA